AUGGGCAAGGUGAAUCAGGGGGCAGAAGCUCUAGAGGCACACUAUGGGCAAUGGUUGCGGGCACAAUUAGGGUCAGGGCGGUGGAAUGAGCAAUCGCUGCGAUGGAAGCGUUUCAGGCCCUCGAGGUGCAAGAAUGCAGAAAAUCCCACUGGAAUUCUCCAACAAUGCAGUCAAUACCAUGGCUUGGACCCACCCACAAGUAAUCCUCGAGACAUUAUCGAUGGAGCCAAGGUGCCAUUUAUAUCGGGGAAAUACGGUAUUGUCUACUAUUUGAAUUAG